UAUGCCUGACGUAGUUGUCAAAAUAAUGUAGGUUAUAUUUGUUUAUGUGGUGGGGAAUAUGGGGAUUGGACUUUGAAUUUUGAUUUGAGCAUUAAUGAUAUUUCUUUCCAUUUUAUCUUUCAAAUAAUCUAACCCAAAGUGUACAUUCUCUGUGAAAAUAUUGAUUAAGCUCACCGUAUUUUAAGCUGUAAUUCUUAAUUUUUUUCUUGGGUGAAAAUGAUAAACACUGGAAAACUUGCAGGGUUAACAGUUUUCAUAACCGGAGCGAGUCGAGGUAUAGGAAAGGCAAUAGCUUUGAAAGUAGCAAAAGAUGGUGCUAAUGUUGUUGUCGCUGCUAAAACUGCAGAGCCCCACCCUAAACUACCUGGAACCAUAUACACAGCAUGUGAAGAGAUUGAGAAAGCAGGUGGCAAAGGACUACCGUGUGUAGUAGAUGUGAGGGAUGAACAAGCUGUGAAAAAGGCUGUAGAGGAAGCUGUACAAAAGUUCGGAGGUGAUUCAUAA